AAAAAGUUUUAAUUGGUCAACCAAAGUAGGUUGUCCAAAAAGUUUCUCGUUGGUAAAAUUUUCGAAAUUGUCAGUGAAACAUUAACAAAAUGUCAGUGCUUCUUCGGCUGAGACCGUUCUCGAAUUUGGCGUUAUUUGGUAGGAAACUUUACAGCGGCAAGGAUGCCUUUAAAAAAUCUAGCAGUGAUGAGGAUGACAAAAGUCCUCGUUGCGUUUCCGAUAUCGAUGACGAUUUUCAUGAUGAGUGUCGGGAUGACAAUCUAGCGAAUCCUCUUAUAAACAGCAAGGUGCAAGCCGUUAUCAAUGAGCAGAUUAACCGGGAACUGAAUGCGGCUUAUACUUAUCUUUCCGUUAGCCAUUACUUUGCGCGGUCCAAUGUAGCAUUAUUGGGAUUUUCUAAAUGGUACAAGGAAAUGAGCAAGGAAGAAACGGAACACGCCAAUAUGCUUGCCGAGUAUCUUCUUCAGCGCAAUGGUUACGUCGAACUUCAUACGCUCAAAAAGCCGCCCUGUAUCUGUUGGAACAACCUUAACAUCACCUUCGAUGAAACAAUCCGGAUGGAAAAUUGCAUUUCCGAGUCGCUGUCCAAUGUGUAUCAUGUGGCCACCAAGUAUCAGGAUCCGAUGACCGCCGAUUUCAUCGUGAAUCAGUUUUUCCGGGAACAAAUCGAUGGUAUCCGGCAGCUCAAUUUGCUGCAAACCCGAUGGAGAACGUUGCAAAAAGCACCGGACGGGAUUUUCCGCUUGGAUAGGGAAAUAGUUCGAAGAUUGAAUCGCGACAAAAUCAGCAGUUCUAGGUGAUUAGGGUUUAUAUUUAGUAAGCAAAAUCGACACUUUUGAGUAAGUUAUUGCACGAUCCCUUAAAAAAUUGGUAAACAAAAUUGUGAAAAAAUACUUAAAUGCAAAUUGAAGAGAAUAUUUUCACUUUAAAACUUGAAAAUAAUAGUAAAAACUAAUAACCGUUACCCUAAACGGUCACUUUAUAUACGUAAAAGGAACAAUAUAAAAAAAUAAUCAUUUUCA